AUGAAUUAUAAUAUAGUACCAAUACCUAGUAUAAUAUAUGAACAAUCUAAUAGAUUUGCAAAUAUAUCUCACCCAUUCUUUCAUAGAGAUAAAAUGAAGCUCCAUCAACAAAUUCAACAACAACAACAACAACAACAAAUGCAACAGCAACAACAAUUUUACAAUAAUAAUUCAAAUACAUAUUAUAAUUAUAACCAAGAAUAUUACCAACCACGAAACUAUCAAAAUUAUCAAUAUCAACAACAACAAUAUCAAUACCACCAUUAUAAUAAUAAUAAUAAUAAUAAUAAUAAUGAUAAUAAACAAGAAUAUGAAAAUGAAGAUGAAAAUGAAAUUAAUAAUGAUAAUAUAAAUUUUAGUGAAUAUUAUGAUCAAGAUAAUCCAAAUAAUAAUGUACAAUAUGUUUUAUCAGAUGAAGCAAUUGAAAUGUUUGCAAAGACUGAAUUAAAAAGAAGAGAAUUAAAAAAUAAAAAGAGUAAAACUGGUGAAAAUAAAUUAAUAUUAGAUAAUAUUUUUAAUCCUGGUGAACAAACUCCAAAAUUUAAAUAG